GCGUCACCACAAGCGACUCGAGCUCAACGAUCCACGAUCGCCAAUUGCCUAAAUCACGACCCAAUCGCAGCCAUCUUUUUCGGCUUUGUUGCCUGAUUGAACUGCCUGCACCGCCUCUCUCGGGAACCCUUAUCAAUUACAGUGGUCGACCUCCGUCUUUCGCCACACGACUUCGACAUUUGGAAAGCGUUAAAUGCUCCCAUUGCCUUUCCUUCUCACUCCCUUCCCGCGAGCCUCCGUCCAGCCACGCAAAACUGGCUCCCCGACUCCCCCAUCUCUACUUCGCUGAUUCCCUCUGCCGCUCCAUCACCGGGACUCCUGUGACUUCGUCCCGCCGCUUCUGUCGCGGACAUCUGCCUCUAACCGUCGCCGUCGACCGUCGCUCGUGGCUCUCAGCCCUGAGUCUGAAGCGCCAGGUUACCGGGUGGGGACGCAACGGAACAGAAAGCGGGCACGGCAGACAAGAGAUGGCGCGCAAGCAGGCUACCCUGGGCAAGUUUUUUGGCCAGGCAAAUGGAGCCAAAGGAAAGCCGGCGCCAGCUCAGCAGACCAAGUUGAGGUUCUCGACCAAAGCAGGCGAUGAGAAGAAGGAGAAUGACGAGGAGGUUGUUCCGAAGAAGGAAGAGGUGGCAAGUGAAGUGGAAGACAACGAGAGCGUAGGGUCGGAUAAAGGUACGGGGAAAGGGGACAUCGAGGGGAUUAUCCGCGCUAACAACGCUGGGUCAACAGAGAACAGCAAGAAGAGGGGACGGCCUGCCAGGCCGGCGGUUGCAGCUAAAGAAAGCAAGGCUGAUGUUGAGGAAGAUGCUGAAGUUGCGGCACCCGCAAGCAAGCGGCCUAGAAGGGGAAGAAAGGUCGUCGUGGACGAGGACGAGGAUGACGUAGAGAUGGAGGAUGCGCCAGAGCCGGAGCCGAAGAAGGCAACGAAGGCCUCUUCUGCCGCCAGAACCAAGUCGCCGAAGGGAAAAGAUACCGAGCCCGAAGUCGCCGCGAAGACAGAGGCCGAGGAGGAUACGCCUGAGUCGUCAUCAUCUGAAGUUGAGGAGGAGGAGAUGCAAGACGAGGAGGAAAAGCCCGAAGUCGCAGCCAAGGCGCGCCAGAAGGUCCAGGCCACUCUCAAAUCGGACGUCAAGCACCCAUACCCCGACUGGAAAGAGGGCGACCCAGUGCCAUACGCCGCGCUCUGCAAGACCUUUUCGUUGAUCGAGCUCACCACUAAGCGGCUCGAAAUCUUGGCUCACUGCUCGCUGUUUCUGCGCCAGGUUCUCAGGCUUACGCCGGACGACCUCCUGCCGACGGUCCUGCUCAUGGUCAACAAGCUUGCUCCCGACUUUGCUGGCAUCGAGCUUGGCAUUGGCGAGUCGCUCAUCAUGAAGGCGAUCGGCGAGUCUACCGGUCGCAGUCUGGCAGUCAUCAAGCAAGAUCAGAAAGAGAUUGGCGAUCUCGGCUUGGUUGCCGUCAAGUCUAGAUCGACACAGCCGACCAUGUUCAAGCCGAAGCCGCUCACUGUACGAGGCGUCCACAAGGGUUUGAUGGGAAUUGCCACAGUGACUGGCAAUGGGGCGCAAGGCAGGAAGGUGGACGGCAUCAAGAAGCUCUUGUCGGCUGCCGAUGCCAAUGGAACGGGUAAGGUGGAUAUCACCAAAGACAAGGGCGGCCCGAGCGAGGCCAAAUACAUCGUUCGCUUCCUGGAGGGCAAGUUGAGACUUGGUCUGGCGGAGAAGACGGUCAUCGUUGCGCUCGCACAGGCUGUUGUCGCGCACGAGGCGUACCAAAAAGGGACGGUCCCGAGUACGAGUGAUCUCGAAAAGGGCGAGUCGAUUCUCAAGACGGUCUACAGCGAAUUGCCCAGCUACGAUAUCAUCAUCCCUGCAAUGGUGAAAUACGGAAUCGAGAACUUGAGAGAACACUGCAAGCUGCGCCCUGGCGUGCCUUUGAAGCCCAUGUUGGCGAAGCCGACAAAGGCCAUCACUGAAGUUCUCGACCGCUUCGAAGGCCAGACCUUCACGUGCGAGUACAAAUAUGACGGCGAGAGGGCGCAGAUCCACUACGUCGCCAAGGACACGGAUGAGCAACUCAGCCAGUCGGCAAUGGGUGCCACCAAGGAGGUCGGCAAGGGUGUGGCUGCCAUCUUCUCGAGAAACUCAGAAGAUCUCUCCAAAAAAUACCCCGACAUCCUCGCUAAGCUGCCAACCUGGGUCAAGGAGGACACCAAGAGCUUCGUGCUGGACUGCGAGUCCGUAGCGUGGGAUGUCAAGGAGAAGAAGGUCCUCCCCUUCCAACAGCUCAUGACGCGCAAGAAGAAGGAUGUCAAAGUGGAAGACGUCAAGGUCACGGUGUGCGUGUUCGCCUUCGACCUGCUCUAUCUGAACGGCGAGGCGGUCGUGAAAAAGUCACUCAGGGAGCGCCGCGAGCUGCUUCAACAGGCGUUCCAGCCCGUUGAGGGCGAGUUCGCCUUCGCCACAUACAUGAAUGGGCAGGAGUUGGACGAGAUCCAGGCGUUUCUCGACGAAUCGGUCAAGGCAUCUUGCGAGGGCUUGAUGGUCAAGAUGUUGGAUGGCGAGGAGAGCGGAUAUGAGCCGAGCAAGCGCAGCCGGAACUGGCUCAAGAUCAAGAAAGACUAUCUAUCGGGCAUUGGCGACUCCCUGGACCUCGUCGUCCUCGGUGCCUACUACGGCAAGGGCAAGCGCACCUCGGUUUACGGGGCCUUCCUGCUGGCGUGUUACAACCCGGGUACCGACACGUACGAGACGGUGUGCAACAUCGGCACGGGCUUCAGCGAGGCCGUGCUCGAAGAGCUUCACAAAUCGCUCUCGGAGAUUGUCAUCGACCGACCAAAGCCCUUCUACUCACACAGCUCCGGCAGCCAGCAUCAGCCCGAUGUCUGGUUCGAGCCCAGGUAUGUGUGGGAGGUCAGGACGGCCGAUCUGACGCUCAGCCCGCGGUACAAGGCCGGCAUGAAGGAAGGGGUUGACCCGAGCGGGGAGAAGGGCAUCAGUCUGCGGUUCCCCCGCUUCAUCAAGGUCCGCGAUGACAAGAAGCCAGACGAGGCGACCACCAGCAGGCAGGUGGCCGAGAUGUACCGAAAACAGGAGAGCGUGGCCAAGAGCAAAGGGCCAGCGGUGGAUGAUGAUUUCGAGUAUUAGGAAGGGGGAUCUCUGCGUCACACUCCGUAUAUAUAUCGUCGCAUUCUUGGUUUGGCGUUGUCCACGGUAUUUGUUGACGGUCGGCAUAUUCGAGAUGAUAAUUCCCCCCCCCCCUUUCUUCCAAGUUGCUUUGCCAUUGUUCUCGUCCCAUUGGCCUGAUCUCCCCGUUCUCGCGAGUUCAUCUAGCCGACGGCCUC